AUGUGGUUGCAAUCAGUUCCUUCCUGUCUCUCAGAAUUAGUUCAUUCCUGUCUCUCAGAAUCAGUUCCGUUCUAUCGCCCAGAAACAGUUCCUUCCAGUCUCUCAGAAUCACUUCCUUCCUGUCUAUGUAUCUAUCACACUGAACCCACAACAAAAGAUGGUGGUGGUUCUUAUUCUUCUGCUUCUUCUGUUGGUGGUUGUUGUUUUUCAUCUAGUUCUUCUUCUGGUUCUUUUUCUUCUGCUGGUGUUGUUCCUCUAUCUGGUUCUUCGGCUGGUGGUCCUUCUUCUUAUGGUUCUUCUGUUGAUGGUGGUUCAUCUGCUGGUUCUUCUACCGGUGGUUUUUCUGGUUAUACUGUUGAUGGUUCUCUUCUGGUUCUUCUGCUGGUGGUUCUUCUUCAUCUUCUGGUUCUUCUGCUAGUGGUUCUCCUUCUUCUGAUUCGUCUGCUAGUGGUUCUCCUUCUUCUGGUUCUUCUGCUAGUGGUUCUCCUUCUUCUGGUUCUUCUGCUGGUGAUUCUCCUUCUCGUUCUUCCGCUGCUGUUUUUUCUUCUUCUUCUGCUUCUUCUGCUGGUGUGGUUCUUUUCUUCUGUUUCUUCUGAUAGCGGUUCUUAUUGUUCUGGUUCUUCUACUGCAGUUUUGUUUUCUGUUUCUUUUUCUGGUGAUUUUACUUAUAGUGUUGGUUCUCCUCCUUCUUCUGUUGGUGAUCCUUCUUCGUCUGGUUCUUAUGCUGUUUGUGGUUCUUCUGCUUCUUCUGUUGGUGGUGCGUUUCCUCCUUAUUCUUCUGAUGGUGUUUUGUCUUGUGGUUCUUCUGCUGUUGGUUCCUCUUCUACUGUUUUCUUUUCUGCUGGGAGUUAUUCUGGCGGGUUCUUCUCCUGGUGGGUUCUUCUGCUAUUGGUUGUCCUGUUGAUGGUUUGUCUGCUGUUGGUUUUUUCUUCUUCUUCUGGUUCCUAUGUUGGUUCUUCUUCUCGUAGUUCUGGUUUUUCCGCUGCUUCUGGUAGUUCUGAUUUUUCUUCCUCUUGCACUUCUUUUUCAUUUUGA